AUGUCUGGAAACGCAGAAUGGGAUCGACUUUGGCAAAUUGCGCACGCGACACCUGAAGAUUUUAGUUCCUGGGAACAACUUAUUCGCGUUGCAGAAUCAGCAGAGAUUACGUCUACGAGUCCACCUGAACAUAUUACCAACUUGGAACUUGUGUAUGAUGCAUUUUUAUCCAAGUUUCCACUCUGUUUCGGCUACUGGAAAAAGUAUGCUGACUGGGAAGGAAUUGCACGCGGUGGUCAAGGAGCAGAAAGAACGUUUGAAAGAGGAGUAGCUGCUAUUCAUAAUUCGAUUGAUCUCUGGAAUCACUAUCUUGAUUUUAAAUUAGUCACAACAACAGACAACCAAGAACUGGAAAGAUUGUUUGAACGAGCCGCUGCGAAUGUUGGAUACGACUUUUUAGCUCAUCCUUUUUGGGACAAAUAUAUUGAUUUUGUAGAGAAACGAAUAUCCGACCCUAAAAAACUAAUUGAACUGAUGAACCGUAUUGUGAUCAUACCAAUGCAUCAAUAUGCUCGUUAUUAUGAGAAAUGGAGAGGACUUUGUGCAAAUACAAAGCCGUCUGAAGCUAUCAAUGAUGCUACAUUGCAGCAAUUUUUAUCAGAGAUUAAGGCAGAAAAGGGAGAGUUGAUAGGGGAUGCUCUUGAGAAGGCCCUGAGAGAAAAGUUAGACGUGCAAAUAGCUAAAGUAUACAAGGAAACACAAGAGGGAACAAAUAAACGCUGGGUGUAUGAGGCAGAGAUUAAACGUUCAUACUUUCAUAUCAAGCCGCUAGAUAGGCCUCAGCUUCAAAAUUGGAACAAGUAUUUAGACUUUGAGGAAUCUGUGGGCGACGUCGCUCGUAUUCGAGCACUCUAUGAGCGAUGCCUUGUACCAUGCGCGCAAUAUGAAGAGUUUUGGUUACGAUAUGGGCAAUGGUUAGCCAGAAAUAACUUGAUCUCAGAAGCCAAAUCUGCAUAUGAAAGGGCAGCUUAUACGUUCCUAUCAAAAGAUAAAAUACACAUCAAGCUUGCGUUAGCAUUAGUCUUGGAGGAAGAAGGAAACAUAGAUGAAGCAAGAUCAACAUACACAUCAGUACUGCAAUCAACUCCUACACAUAUUGAAGCCAUUACAGGUUAUGUCCAUUUCGAGCGUAGACAAAAUACAGAUACCUUUGAAUCUCUCAUCGGUCAAUAUAUCAGUUCAGCCUAUCUAGAUGAAUCUGCAAGAGCCUAUUUGACUAUUCAGUAUAUUAAAUACCUACAACAGAAAAUGGAAUCAGACAAGAUAAGAGAAAUGUAUGAGACCCAUUCUAGUGCAUACGCCAAAAACAAAUACUUUUGGAUAAAUUAUAUCAAUUUUGAACUUGGAUUGUUUGAUAAAGAAGCCAAUAAGCGUAUUAUAAAUGUUUUUGAAAAAGCAAGAAAAUCUUUGUCAGCUGAAGAUCAGCAAAUCAUUAAUAACCGUUAUAGGAGUUAUUUGAUGGAAAGAGGUGAUGAUGUUCAUUUACUGAAUAGAGUGUCUUUACAUGUCUCUUCAGAGUUUAAAUCAGAAAAUGAAGGACCAAAUGCUUUAAAGCGCCCACAUGGAGAUGAUAAUAAUAAUAAUCCUUAUGCAAAGCAACCACGUUAUGAUGCAUUCGCUGGCUAUGGUCAGCAAUCAAUGAAUUAUGCCGGUAACUAUUAUACUCCACAAUAA